CACGAGCCCAAUCCUGACCAACUUCCAGGGCAGCAGUAGUGAAGUUUGGAGAGGAAAAUUCUGACUUCGUAAACAGUUGAGAAGCUCACCAAACAUAACACUGACGCAGGCCAAAGCCAGGCAGCCACUAUGGACGAUUUAGACGCGUUGCUGGCGGACCUGGAAUCUACUACGUCCCACAUCUCAAAGCGACCGGUGUUCUUGCCAGAGGAGACCCCCUACUCCAUCCCCACCGGAGGACACUCCUACCAGGAUGUGUCCGCUCCACCUCCAGUCCCUCCUCCACCCUCAGCCGAGGCUCUGAACGGGUCACUGAUAGACCAGCCGGACUCCCUCCACUCCUCUCAGCAGUCGUUAGGUUCCGCACAGAAGAGCUCAUGGUCCAGGGACAGUAGCAGCUCCCCGUUGUCUCACAUCGAAGAGGACCACGUCUACAGUUUUCCAAACAAAUCGAAGUCAUCAGACUCGUCCACAGCAGCCAUGACCUCCGCCAUGGGCAGUAACCUCUCGGAGCUCGACAGGCUGCUGCUGGAACUCAACGCGGUGCAACAGAGCUCCCCUUCAUUCCCCACCACAGAGGAGGCCGCUCCACCCUUACCCUCCUGCAGCAUCACCCACUACGAGAACGGCGGCUCCCCAGACAUCAUGGUGAGCCCCCCCCCUCAGGAGAAACCCAAAAGGAACGGAACGAGGCUGGACGAGGCCCGACCCACCGUGGAGAGUCUGCUGGACGAGCUGGAGGGCUCAGUGCCUUCACCCAGCUCCUCCGCUCGCCACAGCGAUUUGGACUCGCCCUCUCAGCAGCAAGCCAGAAUUUCAGCUUCCUGUGCCACCAGAGAGCUAGACGAGCUGAUGGCCUCUUUGUCUGACUUCAAGCCCAGUUCUUUGGGCUCUAUGCUGGAGCCAGCAGGAGCGUCUUCCAGCUCUCCUCAUCCUCCAACCUCUUCCUCCAUCACCCCAGCGGCUUCCCCUUUCCUCUGUCUGUCCCACCCGUCUGCCCGUGCCUCUCCUCUUUUCUCUUUGCCCGCUGGUCUAGAGCUGCACAUAGACGAGGAUGGAGGAGACGGUGGCAUGCCGAUGCCCCGCGCGAACCGUCUCUGUCCCCACAGUCCUACAUCCUCCCUAUCUGCCGUCAGUGACCUGGACCUGGACUCUAUCGUGGAUGUCUCCGCGACCAUACUGUCAUCCCAAACCAAGUCUCUGCUAGUCCUCUCUCAUGCCGCUUCCUCCAACUCCAGCCUCAUGAGAAAUAGCCCGAGUCCUUCCAACACCACCACCACCCCGUCACUUACCUCAGUUAACACCAUCCUGGACCACAAGUCCCCGAGUCCGUCUGUAGAACGGGUCUCACCCUCAAACGCUGUCGGUAAAUUCCCCUGCGCUCCUGAGACUACGAGCACGGGGUCCGCUUCUUUUCAUGACCUCGUUUUGCAUUUCUCCUCUCCACCUCCUUCUAAAAACCUCACCCCUCCUCUCUCGGCCCCGAAGACUCCUUCGCCCGUCCCCGUUGCUGCCUCUAUAUCUCCGCCUUCUGCACACGCUUCCUCAAAAACCACCUCACCAUCUCCGGUCUCGCCAUUGAUGGUCCCCUCUCCGCCGGCCUUCGCUAGCCCCAGCAGACAGCUGUUGGAGUCGGCCCCCAGGGAUCCAGCCCGGGGAGCCAGCCGCUUCACUGUGCAGCAAACCCCCGCGGUGGAGCCCUCCCUGGACGAGGCACUAGACAAGCUGCUAGCCAUGAGUUUCGCGCAGAAUCCCUCCGAGGCACACAUGGAGGAACCCCAGGCGACGAUGGAGGCCCAGUGUCUAAGCAGAGGGAUGCCGGAGGUGCACGAGGAGCUCAUCCUGCCUAUGGACAGAAACAGUGUGCAGCCGGACACGUUCACCAGCACCACCAACACCAUCACAGACGACUCGGUGGACGGAGGCACUGACGGGAACGGAGAUUUGGACUGGGCUGACGAGGAGCUGUCCAUGUCCUUCCACGACGGGCUGGACGGCACCAUGACGCCUUACACCGAGAGGCCGUACACCGAUGGCAGCAUGACCCCGCUGACAGAGGCCAGCUGGAUGGAUGAGUCCAUGACCCCGUCUUCAUGCCCCGGGACCCCUGACGUUGCCCUGGACCUGCCCCUGCUGCAGACGCCCACCAUGGACAGAGUCUCUGCUUCCGGACAUAUCAAAUCAGUGAUUAGGCGCACUAAGGAGACUCCCAACGUGCACCCCAUGUUCCGAGAUGGUCACCUGCGCAGGAAGAUGGGACCCAUCAUUGUGAACAAGAACACUUCUCAGGACCGCCUCAUAGAGGAGCUUCAGGGAAAGUUCGGGAUCGGCCGCUCAGAGCGGCGGCGUAAACAGCCGGAUGACUGGCUGACCGAGGGUGUCAUCGUCACGUCCAAACCCCAGCGUUUCCGUCCCGACGGGGCCGGCAGUGACGUCGACAAGGUCAUUAUUCCCCCAGAGUCGCCUGUCCCUGUGAGGAAGGUGCUCCCGCCCGUCUCUCCCCCAGCCCCUCAUUGCCCUCCUAUUAUAGAAGAACCUAAGCGACUACUACCAGUACGGCAGCCCCCUAUCCCUAUACCGCCACCGCUCCCUCCACCUCCCUCCCCUCCUCCACAGCCUCGGCACAUCCAGGAAACCGCUCCCGCCGCACCUCGGCAGAUUAUAAAAGCCGCACCUCCACCAGCCCCAAUUCAGGAACCUCCUGCCCCCAAGCCAGAGCCCCCUCCUCCUGUUCUGAAAACCCCAACCCACCCUCCACCAGUGGAGCCAGUGACACCGCUUGCACCCAAAGUCCUGGUGUCAGUAGGCUGUCAAACAGAGUAUGACCCAAUCUUCCCUCCAAUGCAGAUUAUGGCCCAAGGGAAGGGCGGCGUUCCCGGUGGGCCUCUGACACAGGUCAACAAGCUGGACAACAUGCUCGGGAGCCUGCAGUCGGACCUCAACAAACUGGGGGUGCAGACGGUAGCCAAAGGAGUUUGCGGAGCCUGCUGUAAACCAAUUGUGGGACAGGUGGUGACUGCCAUGGGCCGCACAUGGCACCCUGAACACUUUGUGUGCACACACUGUCAGGAGGAGAUAGGCUCGAGGAACUUCUUUGAGCGCGAAGGACAGCCAUACUGCGAGACGGAUUACCACAACUUGUUCUCCCCACGGUGCUACUACUGCAACGGGCCCAUACUGGAUAAAGUUGUGACGGCGCUGGAUAGGACGUGGCAUCCUGAACACUUCUUCUGCGCUCAGUGUGGAUCCUUCUUUGGCCCAGAGGGCUUUCAUGAAAAGGAUGGAAAAGCCUUUUGCAGGAAGGAUUACUUUGACAUGUUUGCGCCAAAAUGUGGCGGCUGUGCCAGAGCCAUUCUGGAGAACUACAUCUCGGCGCUGAACAGCCUUUGGCAUCCCGAGUGUUUUGUUUGCAGGGAGUGCUUCACCCCGUUUGUGAACGGAAGCUUCUUUGAGCACGAUGGGCAGCCCUACUGUGAAGUGCACUACCACGAGCGCCGCGGCUCCCUCUGCUCCGGCUGUCAGAAGCCCAUCACGGGACGCUGCAUCACCGCCAUGUCCAAGAAGUUCCACCCGGAGCACUUUGUCUGUGCCUUCUGCCUGAAACAACUCAACAAAGGCACCUUUAAAGAACAAAACGACAAACCCUACUGCCAUGGCUGCUUCGUCAAGCUGUUCAGUUAGGGAGUUAGGGGGUUAGGGAGUUAGGGAGUUAGGGAGU